CUUAAUAUUUUUGAUCAAUUAAAUGUAGAUACUCUUCUGCAUAUAUUUAUACUUAAUGUUGAUAAAACUGUUCGUGGUCAUGGACUUGGAUCACGUCUUAUAUCAAAAAGUAUUGAAUACGGGAAAGAAUUAAAACUUGGUGGUGCAUAUGCAGAAGCAUCAAAUGUUUAUUCACUAAAUUGUUUUAAACAACAACAAUUUGAAAUUUUUAAUGAACUCAUAUAUUUAGAUUAUAAUCCAGAACGUUUAGCUAAUCUUAAUGAUAAAAUGUAUGAUCGAUGUUAUCUUGUAGCUCGAAAAUUCUAA